AUAAUCUGUUUUCUGUUUUUUUGUUUAAUUUUUUAUAAGAAUUAAAUUGUUAAAUUUAACUAAAUAAUUAAUAUUUAAAUUGUGUUUUAUCAUAAAAAUUGAAGUACUAAGUGUGGAGACCAAAUUGAAUACAAAUAAUCAGAAUACUUUUACCUUCCCCUAUUUUAGAGAUCCACCUGAAUUAUAUGAACAAUAUAUUAAAAUUUGUUUGAUUCACCGGUGUUUGAACAUGGAACCUCUUACAGUUAAACUUGAGACCAUUUAUAGUCAAGCGAUUGAGAAAAGUUUCCCUCAAUUGGCUGGAACUCGAGCUACAAUUAGGCCAAGUAUUCAUGCGGAUUAUCAAUGUAACUCUGCCAUGGCUUUAAUUAAAAAGGUUAAAGAAUUAAAUAUUGAAGGUAAACUUGAUCCUAAAUCAUUGGCGGAAAAACUGGCUGCCAAUGUACCUGAUAAUGAUUUGAUUGCCACUCAAACUGUCGACAAAGGAUUUAUAAAUAUUUCUCUUCAAGAUGGUUAUGUUGGAAAAAAGGUUUUAUCUAUAUUGAAAGAUGGUAUUGUCAUUGUACCGGAGAAAAAGCAAAAGGUAAUAAUUGACUAUUCAGCUCCGAAUAUUGCCAAAGAGAUGCAUGUUGGCCAUCUUAGAUCAACUAUUAUCGGUGAUAGUAUUGCCAAUAUUCUGGAGUUCUUGGGACAUGAAGUUCAUCGUAUCAAUCAUAUUGGUGAUUGGGGAACUGCUUUUGGUAUGUUAUUGGCUUACAUGGAGGAAAAGUUUCCCGAUUAUGUUGAAAGUCCACCAGCAAUCGGAGAUUUACAGAAAUUUUAUCAAGAGGCAAAAAAACGUUUCGAUGAAGAUCCAGAUUUCAAUAAAAAAUCCAAAGAUUGUGUUGUUAAACUUCAAUCCAAAGAACCAGCUAUUUACAGAGCUUGGGAAUUAAUUUGUGAAAUUUCACGAAAAGAAUUUCAACAAAUUUAUGAUGUUCUCGAUAUUCAUGGACUAAUUGAACGCGGUGAAUCUUUCUAUCAAGAUAAAAUGAGUGAUAUGGUUGAAGAUUUAAAGAAACGUGAAUUAAUUGUUCAAGACGAUGGACGUUGGAUGUUUUUCAUCAAUGGUAAAACCAAAGAGGUUCCAUUGACUGUAAUUAAAUCUGACGGUGGAUUCACAUAUGAUACAUCAGAUGUUGCCUGUCUCAGGUAUCGAGUGGCCACUGAGAAAGCAGAUCGAAUCAUUUAUGUAACCGAUGCCGGGCAAGAAAGUCACUUUAGAAGCAUUUUCGCCGCCGCCCAACAAGCGGGUUAUUAUGAUCCAGAAAAGGUUCUCGUUCAACAUGUCGUCUUUGGCCUUGUCUUGGGCGAGAAAGGAACCAAAUUCAAGACUCGAUCUGGUGACAGUGUCCGACUCAAAGAAUUGCUGGACGAAGGAAUCGUUCGAGCAGAACAAAAAUUAAAGGAAAAGGAAAGAGACAAAAUUUUAUCACCCGAGGAAUUGGAAGUUGCCAAAAAAGCGAUUGCCUAUGGUUGCAUUAAAUAUUCUGAUUUAGCUCAGGAUCGAAUUAAAAAUUAUGAAUUUAGUUUCGAUCGAAUGUUAGACGAUCGUGGUAAUACUGCUGUUUAUCUUCUCUACUGUUUGGCUCGAAUUCGUUCCAUUAUUCGAAAAACGGGCAUCACCAAAUCAGCUAAAGAACUUGCAGAUGAAACAAAAGAAUUAGUUCUAACCCAUCCUCGUGAACUUCGAUUAGCCAAAUUUAUCCUCAAAUUUCCCGACAUUAUCAUGACCGUUUCUGAAACUCUUUCUCCUCAUACUCUUUGUACCUUCCUCUUUGAACUAUCAGUUGUUUUCUCUGAAUUCUAUGAACAAUGUUACGUAAUCGAGAAAAUUCCCGGUGGUGAUUCAGAACAAUUUAAAGUUAACAUGGAGCGAGUUCUUCUUUGCGAAGCAACAUCUUAUAUUCUCAGUUUGGGACUCAAGCUUCUUGGAAUCAAACUUGUCGAGAAACUUUAACAUUAUUAUUAUCACAAAACCAAAGUUAAUAAUAAUAAUCUCUCAACAAUCAAGAAUGAGAAUAAAAAGAAAAACCUAAUUUAAAAGUUAAA